AGCCAGCAGACAGAUUGUGGAAUAGCAGUUUUAAAUAAGGAAAUGGUGCAGCUGUCCAACUACCUCAAGGAGGCCCUGCAUCGCGAGCUGCUGCUCAAGCAGAAGAUGGUGAUUUUGCAGGAGCUUUUCUCCACACUGCUGCAAGCAUCAGAAAAAUCCUGGCAGGGUCAGCUGAACGAAGAUAAACUGAAGUGCAAACUAAGGGCGCUUGAAAAUCAGCUGCAGGCUUGCACCCAGAGUUACUCAAAGGAGUGUGUGAAGAAGAUCCUGAUAGACAUGGAGGACCAGAAGCAAACCUACGAGGAGAAGGCAAAAGAAGCUCUUCAGAAGAUGCUGGAGGACAAACUCCAGACUGAACAGCAGCUGCAAAACUCUCAGAGGAGCCUGGCAGCGACAAGAGAGGACCUUGCCUUCUGGAAGGAGCACUACACCAGCCUCAAAGCUGAAUUGACCAAGAUGACCACAGCGCACACUGAGCUUGAAAACAGCUUCCACAUUUUACAGAGCAAACUUCAGCAAGCAGAUGCACAGAAUGAGCAGCUCCACCAGACCCUGUGCAGGCUGCAGAGCGAGCACACGGCGCUCCACCAGCGAGCCAGCGCCCUGCGGGAGGACAACCACCUGAAGGCUGAGCACAUCAGUGCCAUCAAAGAUAAACUGCAAAAAGAACAAAGCCAGAGGGUAAAGCUGGAGGUGACAAUCAGCCAUUUGCACAACUUGAUACAGAAGCAGACCAAGGAACAGAAGACCCAGGAGGCGAUGGCACCAGGGAAAGACCAGCUUUUCACCACGCAGACCUCACCUCUCCCUCCUGCCAAGGAGAAACAAAACUCUCUGUUAGAGCACCCCGAGGAGGAGGAGAGGGGAGAAGAAAACCUGAAGGAUGAGAUGCAGAAAAGGACAUUCCAGCUUACAGCAAAGGAGAAUGAGGUACAGAUGGACAUAGAGAAGGCAGGAGUGAAAAUCCCCCAUCACCGCAGUGCCCGUGCAUGAGCGGAGCGCUGCGGCCUCUGCGGGAGCCCUGCUGCUGUCAGUGGGUACGGGAAAGAGGGGAUCCCUCCUGCUAACAGCCCCUUGCUGUGCUUGCAGUGCACGGAGCUGCGCUUGGAGCUGGAGGCCCUGAGCGAGGAAUACCGCUCCUGCCUGAGCAGGCUGUGCCAGUGCCGGGACGAGCUCAACCACUUCCGGAGCAAGCAGGCAAAGCGACGGCGCGGUCACUGGGUCCCUCUCCUGGUGGCAGUGAUAGCAAUGGCCAUCACCACCUUCCUUGCAAGUUAUAGAUCAUGA